CGGGUUUAAAGCUAACGGAGGGAGAGAGCUUCCGUGCCACUUAUAAAUUGCUUCCAUAGCAAGGUGGUGCUAAUGUGCAUAAUUUUUCAGACAAUUGAAAUAUGAUGAGCAUUUUAGAGGUGCAUUUCAUAUUGCUUCGGGACUAGCGAUGAGAUACAAUGCAACGCUGGUGGGAAUUUAUUAAAAGCGAUGAAAAUUUUAACGAUUCUUUCUUGUUUUAAUGGAAUUUUUUGUUACCUUAUUUAUUUGUUUGGUACAAGUUUAAAAGACAAAUUUAGAGCAAGUCCGAAGUUCGUUAGAUUUUUGCACGUGAACUGUUGAAGUUUAUGAUCAUGAACCAUUUGUCCGUUUCUCAAUAUCAAUCCAUUCACCAGCAAUAUGGUGCAUACAAAUUGUAAAUAUUUUUAUUCACUAUUUCUUGUUGCUGUUGAUAAGAACUCAUAGUAAUCUGCGUCUUCCAACGUUUCAUUGUUACUCCUGCAAUUACCAAGUGAAGAUGCAAAAAGUGGUCGUUCUAGUAAUGUUGAUAGCUGCAAGUUCAGCACACAUAGAGCAAAAGUACUAUAUGCCAAAUUUUAUGGCAAACUGGUUCAAGGCGGUAGAGUACUGCAACUAUCUGGGCGCACGGUUGGCCAUCGUUGCCAGCUACGAGAAUCAAACAGAGCUGACGGAAAUGGUUCAGCAAACGGACAAGUACAACAGCAUCAGUACGGAGUUUUGGAUCGGCGCGAGUGAUCUGGCCGACGAGGGACACUUUAUCUGGCACGCCACCGGAACUAGGAUGCAGUACUCGAACUGGAAGAUACUGCAGCCGGAUAAUGGCGGAAAUGUGGAGCACUGCGUGGAGGUGCGUUACAUUCCCAGCGAGAGAUGGGACUGGCAGUGGAACGAUUUGGACUGCAAGAAGAUGCGAUAUUUUGCUUGCGAAUACACGGAUGUGGUGAGGGAUUAAAUCUUUCACAAAAUAAUAAAAAAAUAAUAA